AUGCCCGCGGAUGUCAACGACGUGGAUCUCCUAACCGGUCUUAAAGCAGCCAGGACCGCCCCUUCAACAUCAACUUCCCGUCCAACAAAGAUGGCAUACCUGCUCCUCGAUGUCCAGCUGCACAGGAUUGCCUCCAAGAUAAACGAACACGUAUCUAGCUACCAGCAUACUGUACGCUUUGACACCGGAAAACUCGAAGCUAAGGUCACCUCCGUUCGCGAAAUGUGCGACGCCCGCUACCAGUCCGACACUGAGGAGCCCCUGGCCAUACACCACCAAGCAAACCUCCACAUUUUGUACAACCUCUUUGAAUCGCCAGACUUCAAACCGUAUAACUGGUACACCAUCGGACUAGGCAGCUUCCACGCUUUUCACGCCGGAGGUACGCUAGCAGCUGUUGUCUUCAACCCAGAGUGCUACUCCGAGUACGAGGAAAUCAAAAAUCUCCUGGAUCUAUCAUUGCGCAUGUUCGCUUCACUCUCUAUCCACAGUGCUCUCUGCGCCAAGGCCGUGCCUAUUCUUCAACAAAUUGUGAAACCGCCUCAAUGA